AUGAUGCUGCCACUAUGCCAACAACUGCGUGACUAUGACCUCUUCCUACAUCUAUUCACAACCUGUAGUGAACAAUUUGAAUCGUUUCGCAACUCUGUGGUCAAUAGCAUGUGUGGCGAACUUGGUAGCAUGCUCCCUCCACUCAACACACGCAUCAUCCAACAUCUGUUCAUGCAUGGCUACUAUGGCGAUGCGGUCUUGCGCAAGGCCGCCCACGCAGGCAACCUGGAGCUGGUGCAAUGGAUCAAUGAGUGUGGAUAUGCCGAGACACAGUGCAUGCACUAUGUGUUGGUACACGCCUGUGAGGGUGGCAACGUCGAGCUGGUCGACUACCUGCUGAGCCAGAAGCAUCUGAAUCGUCUCAACUCCUCGGCCAACCCCUACGGCCUCGUGGACAUGGCCGCAAGCCACGGACAUCUGGCCAUCGUCCAACUGCUGAUCAACAAGUAUGGCGAGAAGUUCUCGAGCAACGCCUAUGAGUUUGCCGCUGGCGAUGGACAUGUGGACGUCGUGGCCUACCUCCACGGCCUCGACCUGCCCAUCCAAUUCAGUCCAGAACUCUUCAACCGCGCGGCCUUUGGUGGCCAUCUGCCACUCGUCCAAUUUCUCUACAACAACGUGAAAGCGGAGAAUCGCCAGUCACUAUUCUCCGCACCACUGAGACUGGCUCUCAAUCGUGGACAUCUGGACGUCUUCACAUUCCUGCACACAAACAUGCCACAGCUGCUGGCCAGCGUGGCUGAAUCAGACAUAAUCGGUCUGUUGAAGAGCAAGAAGCAGGAGGAGUUCAAGAUCAUCGCGCCACUAUUCGAACCCACGCGAUUCAAUUGGGAGGUGUUGUUCUUUGCGAGUCUGGCGGGCUGCAUUGACGCGGCCAAGUACAUCAUCGACAAGAAGUACGUGAACAACACGACGUGCCAAUUCCGCGUGCGCACCAUUAAGGACGGUCACUUUGACGAGCUGUUCCAACUAUGUAUCAACAAUGGUUUUGGCAUCGAGGUUGAAGGCAACGAGAUAGACAUCGCAAUCGAGCUAGGAUGUGGGGUGCCCACGCUCAAGUACAUGCAUUCAAUGGCCUACCAAGCCACGACGCGUGCAUUUGACCAGGCUUGCGCUGCGGGCAACAUUGAGCUGGUGCUCUAUCUUCACGAAAAAGGCUACACAUGCACUGAUCAAGCAAUACUGAGCUCUGUACAUCUGGGCCAUGUGGACGUGGCCGAGUUCCUUCUGGCCAACAGGACUGAACACGAGUCACUGGACAACAACGUCUAUUUCGAGCGACUGCUUCAAGGACAGCCGAUCCUGCCCGAGACAAUCAUGUUCCUGAGGCGACAUCAUUCAGACUUGCUCGCCAACUACGUGGAUCAACUCAUCCCAUUCAUGACCAAGGAUUUGGCCAACCUUGUUGUCGACCUUGGUCUGGUGACAUGCACGCCCAAGCAUUUGGGGUGUCUGAUAAGGGCCAACCUGUACUCGCCACUGCGGCAGCUGGUCGACGUCAAGUCACCCAACGGCAUUGCAAACUUUAGCAAGGAUACACAGAUGGAGUUGGCCAAGCUAGCAUUCAGUCACACAGACACGAUGUUACUCAUACUGGACAAGUCCAAAGAGACCCUACAUUCAUUCAAUCUCUGGCUAAAUGGAGCCAGUCAAAGAGGUCUGCCAUUGAUGUUCUACAUGCCAAUGCCAGUUGCCCAGCCAACCAACUCUACAAUAUAA